AAGGGGUCACCUUUACUUCUGAUGUGCCUCCUCUUGCCAUAGAAUACGUAUCACUAUAGAAAUUUCUGUGAUAGACUAUUAGAGCAAGUUAUAUCAUCCAUAAAUAAAGGAAUUUCGAUUACUAUGGUGAGUCUUGCAGCAUUUAAGGGGUCAUUUUCCUUCUGGCCUGCCUCCUCUUGCUCCAGAAUAAAGUCAAUAGCCUGCAGGCCGUGAAGGUUAAGGGGCUGCAUUCCCUCGUAGGCCGUCCAUUGCGCACCAGCUAACGGGAGGCGCGGGAAGGCUGCGUCGCGCGGUGCCAGGUCGCUGAGGCUCAAAACCCACGUGCUCGCGGCCUUGCCAGUCAGUGUGUGUGUGACCGUCGUGGAAGGUAGAGCCUGCGAGUCCCUGUGGAGAAGGUGGGCGUCACGUGCUUUGCUUUGGUGUGUGUGUGUGAGAGAGUGUAUGUCGUGGAGGCUCUGGGUGUACUCGUGGGAGGUGGCGCCGUGGGGUGUGACCAGGCGGGUGUUCCGGGAGGUGUUGAAAGCGAGAGAUGACCCCCCCGUCCCCCCUGCUGGUGCUGCUGCUGGUGCUGGCCGUGGGCGGACCUUCACUCUCCCCCGCCCACGCACUGCCCGACGCCCACACCCAUGACCAGGGCUCCUACUCCUUCGCCUACGCCGUCGACGCCCCUGAGUACAAGAACUUCUAUGACCGGGAGGAGGCGCGUCUGGGGCAGGAGACUCGGGGCCGCUUCCGCGUGGCUCUCCCCGACAACAGACUCCAGACGGUGACCUACAGGGCCGACGGCAACGGCUACACGGCCAGCAUCUCCUACGACCAACACCCGAGCUUCGAGGCGCUGCGGCAGUCCGUGGGGCCCAUCCGCUCCGCCCCCGAGGUCGGCCAGUCCGUCCUUGAUGGCCUACGACGCGGCGAGAACUGGAAGCACCACAAAGGCUCAAAGGAUGACGCCCGCCCUGAGUUGGGGUCGUCCCUUGGCGGCCACGGCACUUCCAAUAACUUUGUCGUGCCCACACCCACGCCCACACGCCCGCGCGCCCGCCCUACACCCACGCCGACACGCCCCUACCCUGCGCACCCACGCCCCACGCCCACACAUUCGCGUCCCGGACCCUCUCACACCAACACACCCGUAAGGACGCCACGCCCAAGCUACCGACCCCGGCCCUCGCAGAGACGCCCCUCGACUACCCACCGCCCCGCACGACCAGAAACGACUCCACGACGGACCACUGCCGCCUCGUCGCCGCCGCCGAGAGGACACCCGCCCCCUUCGCCUGCUCUUGCCGCCCGCCCCUCCCCGACCCCCACCCUGUCCCCGAGGCCCUUCUCCGCCGGCGACACGGAGGACUCGGCCAUCCUGAACAGACUAAUCGAGGCCAUCAAAAAUAAGUUGGUUGACGACAAAAAGCCGGAGGGGUCGAGCGGGGGGCGUCCGCACACCAAGAAGCCGUACAGCAUCGCGGACCGGGAGAGUGUUCGCAAGCGGCUGGAGGCGGUGGUGCACCAGGCCAAGUACUAGACGCCCCCCUCCCCCCCUCCCCCCUCUCCCCUCCCCUCCGCCACUUCCACCUUCACAAUAACUCUCGUUCCUUCACGUCGCUUUCACCGAAGUCUGAAAGCUUUGCUCCAUUUACAACUUUCUUUAGUUUUCCUUGUGUUGAAUCCAUCGCGUAAACAGCCAACACACGAACAGUCUUCUCUAGUAUCCUCAAGGGGGAGCGUUAGUUUUUCGAGUCGCCGCAGGACGUUCCGACGCCUCCUGUAUCCAUUAGUAUCCAGGGACAAAUCCACAUGAUAACAAACCCUUCUUUUAACAUGUAUAAGUUUAGCCUUUUUCCCUUACUCAUCGUCGUCUGUGUCCCAGUGGCGCCGUCCGUGCAAGGUCACCGCCGGCGCCAUGACCGUCGUUGCCGUGUCCUUGGAGGCCCAACCCAAGCAGUCAACAGGUGCGUCAGUGACAUUGAAAAUUUAUAUAAGCUUACUACGAACUUGACUCAGCCAUCACUACAUGAGUCGGCAGGAUGAAGAAGACACGCAGAGUCACUUAAUCACACCUACAGCAGCUAGCAAACAGGUGCACUAGAGGUUUGGGAGAUGUGUUUAGACUUACCUCACCGACCAGGAUGAUAAAAAAUGAAUAACAAAGAAUAGAAAAUAAAAAAAAGAAGACACGCGGGACCACUUUAGCGCACCUACAGGAACUACAAAACAAGUGCAACAGAGAUCCUGGAAAUCCACUUAAAACCCACCUCGCCGACCAGUAUGAUACGAUAAAACAAGCAGGUGUGGGCUCACUUCGACACGCCUGAGGGAUGGAACACGACUCAGGACCAUACUUGGCCCUCCACGGCGCGGCGGGAACGUGGACUGGAUCGCAAGCCGGAAACACCUCCCUUUCUGGGCUCGGGUCAGGCACGGGUCAAGGUCACCGUGAGUCACCCAGCCACACGCCGCCCUGAAACUCCUGCCGCGGGGGAGAGAUCAAACCCGCCCAGACAACUUCCCCCGUAGACUCGCCACAAGACCCACCCAAAAUGAGACCCGUCACCCCAAAAAACAUGAAACAGCUCCGUCACCCCAAGACCCACCCAAACUGAGACCCGUCACCCUAAGACACACAAAACAGCUCCGUCACCCCAAGACACAC